AUGGAGAGCUUUUUGGGAUCACUUUAUGACGUUGCGGAGACUAUAAACACGGUAGACACGACUUUACAUAGUGAAGAUAUGCCAGCCCCACCUCAAGCGCCAAUUCAGCCUCAACAAGCUGUCGAAAUACCACUUUCAUCGCCAUCACAGUCAAUCUCAUCGCGACCACACACCAAACCAAUAAAAAAGCAAGUCUCAAUACAGAUGAAGCACAAAAUAAAAUAUCUGAAAAUGGCGAUGGCAACCAAUUUUGUUACUCUGGGUGAACUCUGGUCCAGCCACGUUGAAAAGGAGGAAGAAGAUGAAGCGAUAUUUUCCAGAAUCAAGGUCUUAAUAGAGAACCAUCUGCCAGACGGCUGGAGAGACUGGAAGGUGAUUGACUGGAAGAAAGAAGAUCUAUUUGGGAAAAAGAUAGACCACAAAGUAUUGAACAAAAUUCGCUUCGCCCUCCCCACAUUGGAACUGGUGAAAGCAUUCUACCCAGAAGCAACAUCGGUGGGAGAGAAAACCUACCGAAAUAUAAAAUUGAGGCUUCUCGACUGGAACCUCUGUAGAGCAUUGAUCAUGAGCCCACGGCAGGUAGCGUGUCAGUUACGAGGAUCUAUGGCUCAAGCGGAGCUCUUUAAUAAGGCGGUGGAACCACUUAAACAUACUAUGCGUUCCAGAGAGCUGACGUCGGAGGCCCUUUCAACGGACGGGGAGUCUAAUUAUACGUCCCGAAGUAAAAGGAGACGGUGUCAAUCGUCCAGCUCAGACGACGAGUACCCGGUCAGAACCGAGAAACCAAUGAAGAGGAGGCGGCGAGUAUUGUCUUCGAGCUCGGAGGAGGAUGUCAAUGAGACAAGGCUACGCCGCGUGGAAAGCAUGGUCGAGAAUCUUUACCACUUGGUCUCAGGAAAUAAAGAGAACGAUGGCAGCGUCAUGAAUUCGACGUGGCAAGCUCCAACUCCUACAGGUGAAGAGCUGUAUGACGCCGACAGUAUUGGCACAUGUGUAAACGACUGGGACACGUUUUCCCCUGCCACUAGGGAAAUCGAGCCUACAGCCCCUAGGGCGGACCCAGUAAUCGAGACACAGGGCAUGAAAUGCCAGCGUUUCGGGGAAGAGACAUGGAACAAGAUUCGUUACGUGGACGCUCAGAAAAAACUCCACGCAUCACCAGUCUUCAGUACUCUGAAGGUUAACUCAUCCUUGUACAACAAUGGACAUGCAAGCCCAAUGACGAAAAUUGCUCCUGUCCGCUGGCAGAGUAAUUUGGGAAAAGUCGCACUGAGACAGAAGGUGCCUCAAGGAACUUCUCAUGAAAAGUAUCUGCGUCAAGGUUCAUUUAAAAAAAUGAAGAAGGCAGAGUUUAAGCAUUCGCGUAAGCCGGGGGCGAAAAGUCAUACCAAGCUAGCUCGUAAGGAGCAACCACCUUUAGAUAAAAGGCGGAGUUUUUGA